AAAGUUGAAGAAAUGUUAUUUCAGUGUCUUUUGGUGGUGUUGUUAAAGAGUUGUCUAUCUGAAACAAUUGUUAAAAAUGAUUCCGAUGGUUUUGGCUACGAGUUGCUGAUAGCUAAAAUUGAUCACUUGGAAAAUAGAUUCGUGGAGCUUUUAAAUGAAGUGAAAAGGGAACUGCUGGCAAACUCACCACAUCAAAAUAGCAACAUUCAAUGUCCCCAAAGUGCUCCUCGAGAGAAAAAUGAGGUGAAAGAGGUUCCUGCGAUAACUUCGUGAGAACUUGAGCCAUCGAAAGUUUCCGGCCAAUAUUGGCUAGCGGUUCCGGAUAUGCCUGCAUUUGAGGUUUACUGUGAGCAGACUCUGCAGGGAGGGGGUUGGAUCGUGAUUCAGAAUCGAUUCGACGGAUCGGUGGAUUUUUACAGGAACUGGACGGACUACAAGGAAGGAUUUGGACGGUUGGAUGGUGAAUUUUGGCUGGGACUCGACAAGAUUAAUUUGUUAACCUCUCGCAAAGCGCGAAAACUUCUGGUUCAUUUGGAAGACUUUUCCGGCAAUAAAAAGUUCGCCCUCUAUAGUGAAUUUGCCAUCGGCAGCGAAAGUGAACAGUACGUUUUGAGCACCGUUGGUGGACACAGCGGAACCUUGGUGGACUCGUUUGUCAAUCACAGGGGAAACAAGUUUACCACAAAAGACGUCGACAAUGAUAAAAACUCGAAAAAUUGCGCUUCUUGGUUCCACGGUGCCUGGUGGUACACUCCGGGAUGUUACACAAGGUAUGGUCGGUUUAAGUUUUGGUGUUUGUUCUAAGAUUUUUAUUUGAAAUUUUAGCAACCUAAAUGUA